GGUCGAGACCGCGCGGCGGUUGAGCGGCGGGCGGCGCCGGCGGGCGGGCGGGCGAGGGCCCGACGGAGUGGCUGGACAGAGGCAUGAGCCCCCGGCUACCUGGUUGGGCCCGGUAGCACGCCGUGGGACAGGAGUGUGCCCCCACACAUGGUUUGGCCCUGCAGCGACCAGAACAGCCCGGGCUGCCACCAUGAUGAAGCUGCUGGUGGCCAAAAUCCUCUGUAUGGUGGGCGUGUUCUUCUUCAUGCUGCUUGGCUCCCUGCUCCCCGUGAAGAUCAUCGAGACGGAUUUUGAGAAGGCCCAUCGCUCCAAAAAGAUCCUCUCACUCUGCAACACCUUUGGAGGUGGGGUCUUCCUGGCCACGUGCUUCAACGCUCUCCUGCCGGCUGUGAGGGAGAAGCUCCAGAAAGUUCUGAGCCUCGGGCACAUCAGCACCGACUACCCACUGGCCGAGACCAUUGUGAUGCUGGGCUUCUUCAUGACCGUCUUCCUGGAGCAGCUCAUCUUGACCUUCCGCAAGGAGAAGCCAUCGUUCAUCGACCUGGAGACCUUCAACGCUGGUUCGGAUGCCGGCAGUGACUCGGAGUAUGAGAGCCCCUUCAUGGGGGGUGCGCGGGGCCACACGCUCUAUGCGGAGCCCCACCCCCACGCACACGGGCUGAGCGUCCAAGAGCUGUCUCAUUCCAGCCCGCUGCGGCUCCUCAGCCUGGUGUUUGCCCUGUCGGCGCACUCCAUCUUCGAGGGCCUGGCCCUGGGCCUGCAGGAGGACGGAGAGAAGGUAGUGAGCCUGUUCGUGGGGGUGGCCAUCCACGAGACGCUGGUGGCCGUGGCCCUGGGCAUCAGCAUGGCCAGGAGUGCCAUGGCCCUGAGGGACGCGGCCAAGCUGGCCAUCACUGUCAGCGCCAUGAUCCCCCUGGGCAUCAGCAUCGGCCUGGGCAUUGAGAGUGCCCAGGGGGUGCCCAGCAGCGUGGCCUCGGUGCUGCUGCAGGGCCUGGCAGGCGGCACGUUCCUCUUUGUCACCUUCUUUGAGAUCCUAGCGAAGGAGCUGGAGGAGAAGAGCGACCGUCUGCUCAAAGUCCUCUUUCUGGUGCUGGGUUAUGCCGUCCUGGCCGGCAUGGUCUUCCUCAAGUGGUGAAUUUGCCCAUCACCCGCCCGCCGGAUACAGGCGGUCCCCCCCUCUCCCAAGCAGGGGAGCUCAGGCACCGGGCUGCCACCUGUGCACAGAGGGGCCGCGCCCCAGAUCCAACACCCUGAGCCUGGGGCACAGCAACUACUUUUAAAAAUACUUCUCUUAAAGUUAUUUACCAAA